UCCUCAUCUUCCAGCCCAGAGGAGCCCGGGACGCGCCCCCGUCCCCGCGCCUGCGCACUGAGGACCAAGCGCUCCCGCAUCCCCGCGUCGCGGAAUUCGGGGCUGGGCAGCUGUCGGGUCCGGUGAGGACUGAGCGCGCUCCGGCCUCUGUGGACUCUGCUUCUUCAAUAAAUGAACCUUGAAGAAAACUGACCAUUUCUUGCAAUUCUAAAAUCAUGGCUCAUGAUUUGGUGAUGUUCAGAGAUGUGACUGUAGACUUUUCUCAGGAGGAGUGGGAAUGCCUGAACUCCUAUCAGAGGAAUUUAUACAGAGAUGUGAUUUUGGAGAACUACAGCAACUUGUUGUCACUUGCAGGAUGUUCCAUUUCUAAGCCAGACGUGAUUACCCUGUUGGAACAAGGGAAGGAUCCCUGGAUGAUUGUGAGGGAUGAGAAAAGAAGAUGGAGCCUAGAUUUGGAAUCCAAAUAUGACACUAAAAAGUUAUUUCAAGAAAAGGAUAUUUAUGAAAUGAAUUUAUCUCAGUGGGAAAUAAUGGAAAGAAUUAAAAGUCGUGGCCUUGAUUAUUCUAUUUUUGGAAAAGGCGGUGAAUAUAAAAAGUUUGAGGAACAAGAGGGUCCUCACAAAGUCUAUUUCAGGCAAGUGACAAAAAACACCUCUGAAAAAAUACCCACUUACAGAAAACUCACAUCUCUUGCUCUAUAUCAGAAAAGUCAUAAUAGAGAAAAGCCCUAUGAAUGUGGGGAAUGUGGGAAGGCUUUUAGAGUACGCCAACAACUUACUUUCCAUCAGAGAAUCCAUACCGGUGAGAAACCCUAUGAAUGCAAAGAAUGUGGAAAGACCUUUAGACAAUGUGCCCACCUGAGUAGACAUCAGAGAAUUCAUACAUCUGACAAACUCUAUGAAUGUAAAAAGUGUGGGAAGAUCUUUACAUGUAGCUCAGACCUUCGAGUACAUCAGAGAAUUCAUAUUGGUGAGAAACCCUAUGAAUGUAAGGAAUGUGGGAAAGCCUUUAGAGUGCGGGGACAGCUUACUCUCCACCAGCGCAUUCACACUGGUGAGAAACCCUAUGAGUGUAAGGAAUGUGGGAAGACCUUCAGACAGUAUGCACACCUUACUCGACACCAGAGACUUAACAUCGGUGAGAAGUGCUAUGAGUGUAAGGAAUGCGGGCAGGCUUUUCUGUGCAGUACCGGCCUUCGAAUCCACCACAAACUCCAUACAGGUGAAAAACCCUAUGACUGCAAGGAGUGCGGAAAGGCCUUUAGGGUACGCCAACAACUUACACUACAUCAGAGGAUUCACACAGGUGAGAAGCCCUAUGAUUGUAAGGAGUGUGGGAAGACCUUUAGUCGCGGCUAUCACCUGACUCUCCAUCAGAGAAUUCAUACAGGUGAGAAACCUUACGAAUGCAAGGAAUGUCAGAAGUUCUUUCGUCGUUACUCAGAACUUAUUUCACAUCAAGGUAUUCAUAUUGGAGAGAAACCUUAUGACUGUAAGGAAUGUGGGAAGGCCUUUAGGCUAUUCUCACAACUUACUCAACACCAGAGCAUUCAUUUUGGUGAGAAACCCUAUAAAUGUAAGGAAUGUGAGAAGACUUUCCGACUGCUCUCACAGCUUACUCAACAUCAGAGCAUUCACACUGGUGAGAAACCCUAUGACUGUAAGGAAUGUGGAAAGGCCUUUAGACUUCAUUCAUCACUUAUUCAACAUCAGAGAAUUCAUUCUGGUGAGAAACCCUACAAAUGUUCAGAAUGUAAGAAGGCCUUCAGACAACAUUCACACCUCACUUACCAUCAGCGAAUUCAUAAUGUAACUUAGUAAUUAUAAGAAUCCUUCAAAUGUGAACGUAGUAUUAAAGAGCAUUAGAAAAUAAAUUAUAGAGGAAAAUUUUCGAAUGUAGGAAUCCUUUUUGCUUCAUGCUCACAACUUAGUAUAAAGUUUGUAUUUAAAGAAAACAUAUGUUAAUUUAAUGACUAUGUAGAAGCCUUUUUUCACCAUUCAAGCCAUGUUAAACUACAGGAAAUUCACUCUAGAAAGGAACUUUGUUAAGGAAGUGUGAAAAAGCUUUUGUCCUUACCUUUUAUCAUCCCUGUUCUUCUAUCUGUGUAGUGUACCUAUGAAAGUUGACAGGGCACCAUCUCAUUCUGAAAAUAGAUAAAUAAAAAGAAAGAAAAGUCAUUUAGCCUGUAUUUCCUAUGUAAACUGUAUUUCAGGAAAACCAGAAGUUGACGAAGUAGUUGAUGAUGUAGAACUAAUUCUUCAUAGAGGUCAAAGCCAGUAAGUGAAAGGUUGACUUGAACGUUAUGGUGAUGGAUCAGGCUGUCAACAUCUGAAUCCACUGAUCAGAAGUAGGACAAGAAAAUGUUCUGUGCCUCCUAAUGUGAUGCAAUAAAAUACAAACAUCUCACCAAAAAUGUUGAAUGUGAAUUUAAGCCUGAAAAUCCAACUCCAAGUUUAGAAAAAGUAGAGAAUGGAAGAACAAAUUCCAUGACACAACAAAAAAGCAAAUGUAAAUGUGGGUGUUCUACAAGAGGAGUGACCCGGCUUCUCGACCAAUAAAAGAACAUUGAAAAAAGGAGCUAGAACUCCUAAGAUAUUGAAAAAACUUUAGAGACAUCAAUCAAAUGCAAUGAAUGGAUGGUUCUUUUUCAGGUCAUGACAUUUUCACAGCAACUGAGAAAAUAAGAAUGUUUCUAGUAGUAAAUUAAGAAACCAUGUUUUUAUUGGGUGUGGAGAAUAGCGUUUUGGUUAUAUAAAAAAAGUCUGUUCAUUAGGGAUAAAUUCUGAAAUUUAUAUAUACAAGAUGUUGUGAUACCUUGAAUGUUCUUUAAAUGUUCAUUCAAAAGAAGUGAGGGCCAGGCAUGGGAGGACACACUUGUAAUGCCAGCAGCUCGGGAGGCUGAGGCAGAAGGAUCACAAGGCUAGCUUCAGCAACUUAGUGAGACCCUGUCUCAAAAUAAAAAGGGCUGGGGAUGUGGCUCAGUGGUUAAGUGCCCUUGGGUUCAAUCUCCCAUACCAAAUUAAACAAAAAAAAAAAGAAAGCAAAGUGAGGGGGAUAAUGUAAGUUUGGUAAAAAGAUAGCCAACUAGAUGUUGGGUGCAUGGUUUCUAUUUGUUUUGUUUUUGUAAUUCUGAGUUCUUAUGUAUUUGAAAAUUUCUAAAAUCUUCUUCUAAAGAAAAUUAAUGAUGAAAUUAUAGCCAGUUUGAAAAGGAUAAUUUUUAAAUGCCUAAUAUUAAAAUUUUUGGAUGUUGCCAAAGGUCUACACAUUGGCAUAUUAAAUACACUAUAAUGUAUUGAGAAACAAAGGUUUCAAAUUUUGCUUAUUCACAUCCUGUCUCUGUGUCUAUUACAGUAUCUGUCACACAGUAGGCAUUUCAUAUGUACAAAAAAUAAGUGAAGAAAAGCAGUGACUAUAACUAAAUGUGGAAAUGUGAAUUUGACCUGCACAAAUAUUGUAGUCACUAGCAACAUGCGGGAUCACUUGAAAUUGAGUGUUGAAUACUUGAAAUGUGGCCAGUCCAAAUUAAAAUGGUGUUAAAUGUAAAAUACAAACAAGAUGGUGAAGAUUAAGUUCUUAAAAACAGUUUUUCUUAUUGAAAUGAUAAUAUAUUAGAUAUAUGGCUCAAUACAUGAUACAUUUUAAUGAUAUAGUAUAAUGAAUUUUAAAAUACAUUCAAAUUAAUUUCAUUACUUGUUGCUUUUUAAUGUGGCUAUUGGAAAAUUUUAAAUUAUGUGGUUUGUACAUGUCUAUUGUCAGCAUUGGUAUAAAAAAUAAAAAUAUAGACUUUA